AAGAUCGAACUACCUGGCAAAUAUAGAGGAACUAAGGAGGAUCUUGUAGGAUUCCUAACUAACCUCCGAUCCUACUUUUGGCUUAAUAACGACAAGUUUCCGGAUAAAAAAGCUAAAGUCCUUUACGUAGCCACGAGACUAGAGGCUUCGGAAGGUUUUUGGCGACAAAGACAAGAAAAUCUAUAUAUAAGAAAGACUCGCCAAUCUCUGACAGACCAAGUUAGUAGCCUCCUAUACUAUAUACUUAACAACAAGGCGUUAAUACAAUUGUUCUAUAAUGGCCUAAAGGAAAAGGUCAAAGAUAAGCUAUAUAAGUAUGAUCGACCUAAGACUCUAGACAAAUACAUCGUACAGGCUAUUAGAAUCGAUGAUCGGCUCUACAAACAAGGUCAAACAAACGGAACCAUAGUUAAGGCUAACGACAAGAAAAAACGAACGUACGCCAAUACCUCGUACGAGACGUACCCCGGAGCUAUAGAUAUAGAUGUAAUAACCAAAGACAAGUCUAAUGUUACCUACUAUAAUUGCGGAAAGAAAGGGCACUAUAAGCAAGAAUGUCGAAGCCCGAAGAAAGAGUAG